GGCACAUGUAAAAACCAAUUAUUUUGCAUUUAUCACAAUUUUCCCCAAAAAAAGAAUCAUAGUAAAGAUUUUUAUAGAAGCUACAUGUAUUAUUCUUUGUAAGUACGAAAAUGCCAUUUGAUGGUACUAAAAUCUUAAAUCUUAUGGGAAAUGGGACGUGAAAUGCCCUGGGUGGAUGUGCUUGUCUUCAGGCCUUGGUCAUGGUGGAGGUGCUUGUCUUCAGCCCUUGGCGGAUGUGCCUUUCUUCAGCCAUUGCCCAUUGUGUUUUAUAGUUUCAGGAGAAGUAAUCACCAUGCAAGCUUCCACUCUGCUGAGGAUUCCUUUCAUCAGACAAGGAGCAGCGUGUUUUCUGGGAAGGAGUGUUAUCUUUGAUAACAAAGUUGUGUCUGUCAUCAGUAAUAAUACAGUGAGAAUGUUACAUGAAAGAUGCAGGACUAAGAUUGCUAGGACUUGUCACAGACUCAGUGACCAGUCUACCAUGAGACUCUUCCACUUAUGCCGGGGAUACAGGAUAAAAGAUUAUCGGCAGCAGACGCUAGAUGUCAAGAAAGACUUUGAUGAUAAAGACAAUGAAGAACAAACUGCCAUGCUUGAAAAGAUCUCCAUUCUGAAACUUUUCUCGAGAUUGAAUAGUGAUUAUUUGAAUAGUCUGAUUGAGAAAAUAGUAAGUGAAGGGGAUGUUGAAAUGACUGUUCAAGAUUGGGAAGACAUUGAUAAAAAUAUCGGAGAGAAUUUUGAAGAAAAGAGCACAUUUGGGAAAUACUGGUCAACACAGAUGAUGGCAUUCUUCAACAAUCAGUUGUUCAUGAAACGAGCCAAGUCCUUGCUGGAUUAUGUGUCCAUUGACAAGGCACAUGUGUCCAUUUUAAAACACUUCCUCGACCUGUGUAGGAAAUGUGAUGAGAGUGAUGUUCAGGAAGAUAUCUAUCGGGUUUACGAUGUCUUGAAUGAAAGACUCGACUUGCUUGACUUUGACACCAUAACUGUAAUCAUUAUGGCGCUUUGUAAAACCAAAAGAUGGAAAGAGAGUCUUGAGUUGCAGAGGAAAGUAGAAACUCUUGAAAAACCAGUUGCUUCUUCAUUAUCCUCCAUUGCCAGAGCAGCAGUGGAGGCGGCCGAUUUCAGGACGGUGGAUACUGUUUUGCAUAAAAUGGGCGACCUAUGCUUUUUCCCUUCACCGUUUGUUUACACUGAAGUCAUACGGAUGAAAAACUUUGAGACAAGUUUUGAUAUGCUGCUGAUGAUGCUGAGGCAUAUGAGGAAGAAUUUGUGGUAUCUAGACGAAUCUGUUGCCAAGGAGAUGAAAGAAUGGUUUGUGACAAAGGAUCCAAAAGGAGGGUCAUGGCAGGUCAAUCUCACCAGAGUCAAUAAAAGUGGUUUUUGUGAGCACUGCAACCAUCGAAUGGAGCGUGUCCAUCUUAGUGAUAAAGACUUCAAAAUGUUACGAGCCAGCUUCAUGGAAAGAUCUGUCAUCGGCCAGGAUGUAUUUGUGAACACAACUCCAGAAGAAAUAGAAGAAUUCGAGGCAUUUCUGAAAAAGAAUGGUCCAUAUGAUAUAGUUAUUGAUGGAUUGAAUAUCGUACAUGCGACCAAGCACUCCAACUAUCAUCGGUUGCUAAAUGUGGUUACACAGUGUUGGCAACAGCGCUGGAGAAGCCUGGUCCUGAUCAGAGCCCAUGCGCAGAAGUUGAAGGUUCUCACCAAGGUACAGCAGAAAGCUGAUGUCUUCUUUGCCAAGAACUUAUCCUCAGAUGAUCCGUUUCUUGUUUACGCUGCACUCCACAGCGGGAAAAACACAUACAUCAUGAGCAGAGACGAACUGCGAGAUCAUCGUUAUCUCCUCGGUGAAAAGAUGGCCAACCUGUUCAAAGUCUGGCAGAGAUCUCACCAGGUGGUGUUGAAUAAUGUGAUCAUGCAUGGGCCCAGACAAGGAGGGGCUUGGCUCAGGUUUCCUCCAAAACACCAAGUUUGUGCUCAAGAAAGCCGUGACGGUUGGCACAUCCCAUAUGAUGACAGAGCCGCUAGGGUGUCCUAUGAGAGCCCUGAUACAUGGCUGUGUGUAAAACGUUUGGAUGCCAAUUGGAAGAUGUAAAUGUUCCGUUGGAUGGCCGUGUAUUGCUUGUUAGAUUUGGACUCUUGAUACACUUGUAGUUUGUGGGUCUAAGGGAGAGCACCAAGAACCCCUAAGGAGGGGUCUCCAGUGAAUCUUUGUUUGGUCAGGCAUCUUUGAGUUGUCUCGAGGUCUCCACAGCUAAUGUUCCGUUACUGUAGACAUGGGGUGAACCACCAAUUUAGAUCAAAUGAAUUUUGUAAAUGAUGGUAACUUGGUAGUAAAAUAUUUGCAAAUCAUGAAUGUUCAAAGGUUUUCAGCUGUAUGCCUAAAAACAUUCCCAGAAUUGUGUCAUUCCCAGGGCCAUGCACCAAGGGGGGUCCUCGCGCUAAAUAUAGCAUUGACCAAUAUCUGAAAUCUAUCUAGUUACUCUAUAAACCAGGUACAAUCUGCGUCGCAGUGCCAAAGUUUCUCCAAACUUUCCCAGAUUUGCGUCAUUCCCAGGCCUUUUACCAAUGGGAACCUGUGAAUAAAGCAUAGCCAGAUAUCCAAAAUCUAUUGGGUUACAGUAGACGUCAUUUGAACAUGUCAGUCUUUCUCGGGUAGCAGACUACGAUACCUUGGUCGUUUCAUCUCCAUUCUAUAUUUACCCUGUUGACUAUUUUUGGAAAGGAUGUAGUUUCAAGCAUACUGCAUACCCAGAAAAAUAAACAAACAUGACUCUGUUCUAUAAAUACUCUGACAGGCCUAUAAUAAUAUAAUUUUGUUGAAAAGGCUUGGAUGAUACGUUGGCAUGCCUGACGUCAACGUGAGAAGUUGAGGCAGUCUGGCAGCACAAAUGUAUGAAGAGGCGGGAUGAAAGCCGACUGUAACAUUGCUUUGUAAGGCCUCGAGGUAUUCAGCUUUGAUCUUUCUCUCAAAUAACCUGUCUUCAGAAUGCAAUUCUUUGUGACUUUUAUUACCUAUGAUGAGUCAAAUACUUCAUUUAGACCUUUUUUGGUCUUGUUGGCUGGUCUGAUGCGACUAGU